UUGGCAAGUCGGCGGACGUCAUGUGGUCGAAAGGCGGAGAGACGACGCCGCUGCUUUCGGCCUCGAUGCGUCUGGACGAAGACCGCUUCUACAUGGGCAUGGACAAGCACACGCUCCUCAACACGCCCGAGAGCGGCCUCUCGACCGUCGAAGCCGCGCGCCGCCUCAAGCAAUUUGGCCCCAACGAGUUUGAAGCGCAAGACGCCGCGUCCUGGCGCCGCUUGGCCAGCCACUUUAUCGGUCCGAUGCCACUGCUGCUUUGGCUCGUCAUGGCGCUCGAGCUCGUGACCAAGGACAUACCCGACCUCGCCGUCCUCUUGUUUCUCCAAGUCCUCAACGGCGUCGUGGGCUGGAUCGACGACGCCAAGACGGCCCAUGCACUCUUCGCGCUCAAGGCCGCACUCAAGCCCGAGGCGCAGGUCAUUCGCGACGGCGUGCACCAAACGAUCAACGCGUCGCUGCUUGUGCCCGGCGAUAGGCUCACGCUCACGGUCGGUUGCGCCGUGCCCGCCGACUGCGAUCUCUGCGAUGGGUCGCCGAUCCAGGUCGACCAAAGCGCGCUCACGGGCGAGUCGUUUCCCGUGACGCUGCACGCUGGCGACAACGUCAAGAUGGGGUCGCUUGUCGUGCACGGCGACGUCGAGGCGAUCGUGUCGGCGACCGGCGUCCAGACCUUCCUCGGACAGCACCCGCCGAGCGCCGAGUGGCCUGCCAAGAACACACUCUAUAUGCACUUUACGCACAUCACCAUGGCGCUCCUUCUCCUUACGCUCCUUUGCGUCAGCGUUCUCCUCGGGUGUCUCUUGUACAACGGCGUGCCGCUGCUCUCUGCGCUCAGCGUCGGCCUCGUCGUUGUCGUCGCCGCCGUGCCGCUCACGCUGCGCAGCGUCUGUACGUCCAUUCUUGCCCUCGGGUCGCGCCAGCUCGCGGCCGAGAAGGUGCUCGUCACGCACCUUCCGGCGAUCGAGACCAUGUCCCGGCUCAACAUCGUGUGCGCCGACAAGACGGGGACGCUCACUCGCAACAAGAUGGAGCUGCAGGACGACGUGCCGCUCUUCGCGCCGCAUGCCUCCCGCGAAGACAUCCUCGUUAUGGCCGCGCUGGCCGCCAAGUGGCGCGAGCCGCCGCGCGACGCCAUCGAUACGCUCGUGCUCAAUGCGAUCGACCUCCGACCGCUCGACGCGUACACGCUGCUCGCGCACACACCGUUCGAGCCGACGGCCAAGCGCACCGAGUCGACCAUCAAGACGUCGUCGGGCAAAGUGUUUAAAGUCACGAAAGGCGCGCCGCACAUGGUGCUCUCGCUCGCCCACAACGUCGACGACAUUGCGGACGCGGUGACGUCCCGGGUCCUCGACCUCGCCAAGCGCGGCGUCCGGUGCCUCGCGGUGGCGCGGACCGAAGACGCCAUCGGGUGGGUCUUGAUGGGUCUCCUUACGUUCGUGGACCCGCCCCGACACGACACGAAGCGGUCGAUCGAGCUGCUGCAGUGGCACGGCAUCAACCUCAAGAUGCUCACGGGCGACAAUGCGGCCGUCGCGAUCGAAACGGCGCAUUUGCUGCAAGUCGGGUCGACGAUCCUCGGGUCGGACGCGCCGCUGACGUCGGCCAUGGUCGAGAACGCCGAUGGCUUUGCCAACGUGUUUCCGGCCCACAAAGUGCGUCUCCUGACGCUGCUCUCGACGGACGCCACCAACGUCGUCGGCGUCACGGGCAACGACGUGCAAGACGCGCCGGCGCUGCGCCUCGCGCAUUUGGGCAUCGCGGUCGAUGGCGCGAGCGACGCCGCCAGAGCCGCCGCCGAUGUCGUCUUGACCAAACCGGGGCUCGCGGUGCUACUGCAUGGCGUGCUGCUUGCGCGGCACGUGUGCCAGCGCGUGACGCACUACGUCAUCUACCGCGUCGCCACCGGCCUCCAUCUGCUCGCCUUUCUCGUCGUGGCGACUGUGUGCUUUUCGCCGAGCGGUGGCCACUUUGCUCAGUUUUCUGGCAGCGGUGGCAAUGCGACUGCGUGGACGAUCGCACGGGAAGACGCGCCGGCGUCGUUCCAGCUGCCACUGAUUGCGAUCGCGCUGCUCUUGCUGCUCAACGACGGCGCGAUCGGCUCGACGAUGGCGCAGGACGUUGUUGGUUCGCGCUCGACGCCCCAGGGAUGGAGCGGCCCGCGCACUGCCCUGAUCGCGGGCACGCUUGGCGCCGUGAGCGCGCUUGGCAGCCUUCUCUCGCUCUACUGGAGCCUCGACUCGUGGAACAGUGGAGGCGUCUGGCAGCAACUCGGGCUGCACGCGCUGUCGUACCGCCAAGUGCUCAUGGUCGCGUACCUGCAGCUGUCGCUCUCGGGCGGCUUUCUCGUCUUCUCGGCGCGCACCGACGCGGUGUGCUGUCUGCAGGCCCCGAGCAAGCUCCUCGUUGUGGCCACGGGCCUCUCGUCGGUGGCGGCGACGACGUUGUCGCUCUUUUGGCCGUUUGCCGACAUGCAAGCCAUUCCGGCGCCGACGGCGGCCGCUGUGUGGGUCUACACACUGCUGUGGCUUUUUGUGCAGGAGAGCGCUAAGCUGCUCGCGCUCACGCUCUACGAGCACGCGACGAGAAACCGCAAGCCCGCGCGCAUGGAGUGGCAGCGCGUGAACCGGAUGCAGCUCGGCAACCUCCGAGCGGUCGCGACCGCAACGCCGCUCUCGGCGAGCUCGUCGUCGUCGCGGAUGCUGCGCGACUCGUUCGUGGCGGGGCGCGCCGUGACGAGCAGCGUGUCGACGACCAUGAACCUGGACCAAGCGAUCGACCGCCUCGGGCGCCUCGAAGCCGAGAUGAAGGCUGUGCGACAUGUCAUUCAAGCGGCGUCCGCCAGCACCAACUAGCGACCAAUCUAGACAAGAUGUACAUAGUUGACCUGUCGAAGAAUGCAGACAACAUGUCGUGAUUGUAAAAGCGU